AUGGUUCUCAUCACUCGACUCAUUUCUGGCCUGGCCAUUGCCGCCACGGCUGUCUCUGGCGCUGCCAUUCAGAAGCGCGCUGUCAUCGACCAUGAUGCGGUUGUCGGUUUUGCUGAGGCCGUUCCUUCCACGACCGCUGGUGCGCUGUACCUGAAGUACAAGCCUUACCUCAAGGUCUUCAAUGGUUGCGUGCCUUUCCCGGCUGUUGAUGCGGCUGGCAACACAGGUGGUGGUCUGAAGACGACCGGGGACUCUUCUUCGGGCUGUUCUUCCAGCACUGGUCAGGUGUAUGCCCGUGGCGCGACCGUGAACGGCAAGUAUGCCAUCAUGUACUCUUGGUACAUGCCCAAGGACUCCCCUGCUUCGGGACUGGGACAUCGCCACGACUGGGAGAACGCCGUUGUGUGGUUGGACAGCUUGAGCACGUCGGCGAAGGUUGUUGGCAUGGCUGUUUCCCAGCACGGUGGUUAUGAUACUUCCAGUACCGGCACCUUCUCCGGCAACAGCCCCCUUGUUGGAUACAUCAGCUACGUUGUGGUCAACCAUCAGAUGAUCUUCACUGACACCAAGGGCGGCCAGCAGCCCCUCAUUGCUUGGGAGAGCCUGACUGAUGCGGCCCGAACUGCUUUGACCAACACCGACUUUGGAUCCGCCACCGUUCCCUUCAAGGACUCGACUUUCUUGUCAAACCUUGCCGAGGCCGCGGUCUAG